GCCGGACAAGGCCCAGGAGGCAGAGGAGGCUUCGCGGCGCGGAGCCAGAGCUGGCCCUCGGCGGCCUCGGUGCGGACGGACGCGGCCAUGAAGCGGGAUCGUCGCGGGCGGUUCCUGCCGGCCCCCGCAGCAGCCCCGCAGGCACCGAGGAGCCGCCGCUGCCGGGGAAGAGGAGGAGGAGGAGGAGGCCCCGCCGCCCUGGAGGCCCAGGAGGAGGAGGAGGCCCCGCCGCCGGAGGAGCCCCAGGGCAUCGGCCGGGGCUUAAGCACAGGCUACUGCCGCCUUUGCCACGGGAAGUUCUCCUCCCGGAGCCUGAGGAACGCCUUCGGAAAGGCCCCCGCGAUGGACGGCAGCUCCGAGAAGCAGCGGCGCCUGGACCACGUCUUCUUCGCCGAUUUCCAGCGGCUGGUAGGGGUGGCGGCCCGGCCGGACCCGUCCCUCCCACAGUCCGUCUGCAAGAAGUGCCAUGCCCAGUUCUACAAGUGCCACAGCAUCCUCAAGGCUUUCAUCCAGAAGGUGAACCUCUCGCCCAUGGGGCACCUCAAGACCCGAGGCAGGAACAAUGUUGUCCAGUCUCCUCUGCCUGAUGCCGAAGGAAAUGCUCCCUGCCGGGACCUGAUCGCCUCCAGCCCCCAGUGCCUCCACAACCUGGUGCUGUGGACUCACAACCACGCCGGGAGCUGCCGGAUCACGCCGACCCUGCAGAGCGUGUUGUCCUCUGGGUAUUGCGGUAUCCUCCGAGCCGUCUGGGGCUGCGGGGAGGGCCACAACUACACCAUGAGCACCGAUGCGGACUGCAGCAGCCCGUUGGCGGGGGACACCUUGUCUGCCAAGCAGAACCUGAACAAGGACACCUGCCAGCAUAUGACUGGCAAUGGGGUGGAUGCUGAGAGCAAUAGGGUGGCCUCAGUACCACUGCCACCACAGCAUGGCCCAGUGAGGACAGCCGCCUGCCAGCCACCUGCAAACAGCGGGACUGCUUUGCCAGCAUUGAGCAUAGAAAACCAGCUCCCUGAGAGCCAGGAUUUGAACUCAUGGCAAGAGACACCCAGGACCCCUUUGCAAGAGGAAAACCUGCCCCAGUUGGCCCAUCCUAUCAAUGGUAGUCCCGGGCCUCUGAGCGAGACGCUGGUUCUGCCUGCAACCCUGGAUGAGCGGGUAAAAGACGAGUUCAGUGACCUUUCUGAGGGAGACUCCUCGAGCGACGAUGACGAGAACGACAGGAGAGAGCGGUCUUCCGAUGACUCCUUUCAGCCUUGCUCAGAAAAGAGGGUGUCCAACAACAGAAAAUCUGAAAGCAAAGGCACAAAGAUGGAAGAGCCCAAAAUACGGAAGAAACCAGGGCCCAAACCUGGCUGGAAAAAGAAGAUCAAGUGUGAAAGGGAAGAGCUGCCUCCCAUUUACAAGUGUCCUUACCAGGGCUGUACGGCCGUCUAUCGAGGGGCGGAUGGCAUGAAGAAACACAUCAAGGAGCACCAUGAAGAGGUCCGGGAAAGACCCUGCCCACAUCCAGGGUGCAACAAGGUCUUCAUGAUUGACCGGUACCUUCAGCGCCACGUGAAGCUCAUUCACACAGAGGUACGGAACUACAUCUGUGAUGAAUGUGGCCAAACGUUCAAGCAGCGGAAACACCUCUCCGUGCACCAGAUGCGCCACUCAGGAGCAAAACCUCUCCAGUGCGAGAUUUGCGGCUUCCAGUGCCGUCAGCGGGCGUCCCUCAAGUACCACAUGACCAAACACAAAGCCGAAGCGGAACUGGAGUUUGCCUGCGACCAAUGUGGGAAGCGUUUCGAGAAGGCCCACAACCUCAAUGUCCACAUGUCCAUGGUGCACCCCUUGACCCAAACUCAGGACAAAGCCAAGGCAGCUGAGCCUGAGCAGGCAGGGGUGCCAACCCCACCGCUGCUGGACGUGGCCCCGGGGACUGGCGACAGCCAGCCGGUAAAAGUGGAACUCAGGGUGUUGCAGCCGUCGCAGCAGGAGCUGACCUGAGAGACGCUGGGAAUGCAGCCACCAAUCUGGGCCUUGCAUCAUCCCACCCAGAAUGGGAUUUUUUAACAUGUUGUUUUUAACAGAUUCACACACACACACAAGAGGGACUUAAUGGGGUGAGGAAAUCAACAUUUGCUUGCCACUCGUGAGAAGCUUCCCACUGCUGUGACAACUGUUUUGCUUACUCUGUCUCUGCUUGCGUCCAGCAUCGCAACGAUGUUGUACGGAACGGUGCCUGUCUUUGCUAAGGGAACAAGGUAAGGAGGAGGGGGAUCAAGGUCAGAAAAGUAUCUUGACCUGUUAAAAAGGUACACAGGCAGGCUACCCUUCCAGGUGACUGUUAAGAUGAUGGAAUGCUCCCUACUUAAAUCACCCAGAAAACUAAAUCCCAAAGCUAAUCUACAAGCAAAGUCAUAAAACAGAGCAUUUGUAACCUAGUUUUUAUUGUGACAAAAAUCAUGGUUAUGCUUGUAAUAAAUUAUUUACAGGGGACUUUGGACAGAGAAAAA